AACUGAAAGAGAAAGUAAAAGUCUCUCAGGGAAGUAACUCCAUUAUCCUGCUUAUCGUCCAGCAGCAGCGGCACCGACACGCUGAUUCACCUUCACUAAGCCUCGAAAAAGAAAUAUAAUCAUCGAUUACUGAGUUUGAUAUCGAAAUACACUGAGGGCUGUGAAGUUCAUCUGAGGUCACGAGGAGGGAAAAAAAUGUCCCGCGGUUCAAACGCUGGUUUCGACCGACACAUCACCAUAUUUUCACCGGAGGGCCGACUCUACCAAGUCGAGUAUGCCUUCAAAGCCAUCUCCCAGGGCGGGCUGACGUCUGUGGGGGUCCGGGGGACAGACACCGCUGUGGUGGUUACACAAAAGAAAGUACCCGACAAGCUGCUGGACUCUUCCACUGUGACCAACAUGUUCAAGCUAACCCCUCGCAUCGGCUGUGUGAUGACUGGACACAAUGCGGACAGCCGCUCUCAGGUUCACCGAGCACGGGUGGAAGCAGGAGAGUGGAAAUAUAAGUUUGGUUAUGACAUCACUGCAGACGUGUUGUGCCGCAGGUUGGCUGAUAUCUCCCAGGUCUACACGCAAAAUGCUGAAAUGAGACCUCUAGGCUGCUGUAUGGUCAUGGUGGCUAUUGACCCCCAGCAGGGACCUGUCCUGUAUAAAUGUGACCCGGCAGGUUACUACUGUGGCUUCAGAGCAACAGCAGUUGGGGCCAAGCAGACAGAGGCCAACAGUUACCUGGAGAAGAAACUUAAGAAAAAGCCUGAACUGACCCACGACAAGGCAGUACAGUUGGCCAUAUCCUGUCUAUCCUCUGUCCUCUCUUUGGACUUCAAGGCCAGUGAGCUGGAGGUUGGCGUGGUCACCAAAGAAAAACCAAAGUUCAGGAUGCUGUCGGAGGCAGAGGUAGAAGCCCACCUGGUUGCCAUAGCAGAGCGGGAGUAAAGGUUCCUUCACGAGCAUCAGACCACGAUUCAUCAGGGUUUUUCAUUUUCAUUGUGCUUGAUUUAGCCCAGUUAGUUUAACAACACCGUUAACAACGGUCUGAGGUACACAGGCACACUUGCUUUCACCUGUGUACCCUGGGAGGUUAGCCAUGCACAGCUGAAAAGAAACAGAUGAAGGUUUGAUUCACAGACAUUUCCAGUGGGCUUUUUUUUAUUCAAUAAACUGUGGGAAUGUGAGGUUUCAAUUCUGAUCUGGCACACUGAACCAUCUGCAAAUUAUGACACCUUUUGCUUUUGCUAGGAUGUGUACAGAAUAUUCAUACACCUUAAUUUAACACCGUAUAUUUGUAACACCACCCUUGGAAAACUGCAAUAAAAAUGUCCAUCUGA